GCGUUCGCCGCCCAAAACCGCAAGGAUCUCUGCGGACUCAGCAUCCAUACCGCCGACUUCCCCGGCGUCGGCAACUUCUCCGCCAUCGAAGCGACCUGGACGAUCCCCGGAGUGCGCCCGCGGCCUGACAUCUCGGGCAUGAAUCCUCCAUACGUCUUCUACGGGGUCUCCCUCUGCUGCGGCGAAAACUGCUCGAGCCGGGUCAGUGCCGGCAUGAUGGCAGCGCCAUGGGCAUGGAACGAAACCGGGUAUUCUUUCACCGCAAUACCGAUCUACCAGCUUAGCCCAGACUUCCCCCAGCGGCAGGUCCCGCAGGAGCAUAACUUCUACUUCAAUAGUUCGGACACACUUUGGACACGUCUCACCAUCGAGUCGCCCACUCGAGCACACAUCACAUUUUCAAAGUUCAUAACCGACGAUACCAAUCUCACGGUAACCGCUGACAUCGACAUUGGGAACGAUGGUGAACAGCCUCUGGCAAACGUUGUCACGCGGGGGAACGGGGUGGAGGUGCACGACCCAAUCUCUUCCAGGUGGAGAAAUAUCUCGGUGGCGCCGCUAUGCGGCGAGUCCGCGUGGUGGUUCGUGUCCGACAAGUUCGAUCCCGGGGAGGAUACGGAACGAUGGGACCCGCUUCCUCGCUUUUCGCCGAUCCUGAUAGCCGGCCACGGCCUGGAAACGACGCAGGGCAAGUCGUUCCCCAGGGACCUGCCGCUCAGCGGACAGGCGCGUUUCUGGACCAUGGUGCGCGACGAAGCAGGCAGGACCGAAGAGCUGUGCACGGUCAAGGGGUUUGUCGAUACGGGCAUGACCAUGGUUCAUGCUCCCAAUGCUUGGGGCAUUUGA